UUUAUUGCCACUAUGACUGAGGCAGAAAAGGAUAACUUGGUCUUCCUGAAGAAGACAGGCUGCAAAGAUGCUAAAUGUUUGAGGCAGCUGACCAUAACCAAGAUCCUUCAAUCCAUCCCUUGGAAGGAAUACCCAGCAUGGGCAGCAGAAGACCUGUUUGACUUGCCACAAAAAGGAAUAUUUAUUGGCCCAAUGCCUGUAGUGGAUGGAUAUGUGGUGCCAUUUCCCCCACUGGAUGUAUGGAAGAAGAAGAAGAAAGAGGGCUAUAGUGAUGUACCAUUUGUAAUUGGUACCACCCUGCAAGAAACUGAGUUGGCGCCGGUUUUUGAGAACAUCUCUAAGUGGACUGAAGAGGAUUAUCACUGGUUUGUCAAAUCACGUCUGAAAACAUUUGGGGGAAGUCUAGCAGAUGAGGCUCUGAAUCUCUAUCCCGUCUCGGAGUUCUGUAUCCAGCCUGAGCGAUGUGUGGAGAAGACCUACAUGACAAUGGUGUCUGACGUGAGAGUCUCAUGUCCCAGCAACGAGCUGGCCAAACAAGCAGCAGCUGCAUUGUCCAGCCCUGUCUACCGCUACCAGGUCAUCUACACUCCAUCCCGACCAGUUAGACUCAAUAACCUCUUCUCCUAUGAAAGCUGGUUCUCCUUUCAUAUGCUGGAUACUCUGGGAUUUUUCGGAACUCUGGAUUACUCACUUGGAAAAACCACAAAAGCAGAUCAUGAGUUUCAGAAGCUGAUAAGAAAAUACUUCAUUCACUUUGCAAAAGAAGGUCCGAAUGCCAGUUGACAUGGGCCGAGUUCCCCUAUAGGACAGCGAUAUCGUCCACGUCACUGUCUGUGGUGAAGAACUAUCGCUCAGUCUGUGUGCACUCUGGGAGAAGUACAACAUGUUUCCGUAUGCCUGGGAUAAAAACUGA